CCAAAUGACCGAUCGUCGGCCGCAAGAAAAAGAUGUUCUUCUUCUUCGUGGGAGGGUUGGAGCAGGAGGCGGGGCGGGUGCUCAAGGAGAGAGCUGGCCGCUGCAUCCGGUGCGGCUUCUACGCCGACUUGGUGGAGUACGAGAAGGUGCUCAACCUCUUCUUCGUCCCCGUCUGGCGCUGGCCUGGUAAGGAGCCCGCCUUCUACUGCCGCGAUUGCUCCUUCCUCUUCCCCAGAUCCCUCCCUCCCGGUCCCUCCUCCGCCGCCGAUGAUGGCCGAGGGGGCUUCCUCGAUGAGGGCGCGCGGCGGCCGUCCGUCGCCGAUGCUCUCCGGUGCUACUCCUGCGAUCGCGUCGUCGAGCCGCACUUCCGCUUCUGCCCCUUCUGUGGGGCCGCCCUCUGAGGGAGGCGUCUCCGGCUGGGGUUUUGGGUCUGAGGGUGGAGGAAAGGUGGAACUUUUGGCUAGCUUUGCAAGAGCUAUGGCUUGCUAGGGUUAGGGUUCCUACUCCCUUUUCUUUUCGUUUCGUUUUCUUUGAUGUGGCUGCUUCAUAUGUCAAAUGAAGUUGCAGUAUAUACAGAGGUCGACGGUGUUAAUAGAAAAAAUCUUUUUUUUUUCUUGUAAUACAAUUUAAGCUACAGUUUUUUGUAAAGAAAAUAAAAUUCCUCCAGUUUUCCUUUCCCUGACUCAA